GUACCUACUUGCUACAUAUAUUAUAAUAAUGUAAGAUGGAGAAGUUUCUUGUGUAGUAUUGACUAUUAGCCCUCUCAGUUGCUUAUUAGCAUACCAGAAGAGUUGACCACCAUUAAAAUUGUUACUUUUAUUUUCAAAACUAUUGUCAUUUUAGAUACAAAAUGAACCCCGUACCUGUUGGUCCGAAGCCGUGUCCAGUGGUGUGUCCAUCUUGCAAAGCGACUAUAAUCACUAAUGUGGAAAAGAAAGCUACUGUAAAGACACACUUGAUGGCGUUUUUAAUAUGUUCUUUUAUGUGCGGUAUAUUGGGUUGUUCCUGCCUGCCAUACUGCAUGGAUUCCUGCCGAAACGCUGAUCACUACUGUCCCAAUUGUCAGGCUUAUUUGGGCACCUAUAAACGAUAAAUUCUAUUCUACCAAAACAUUCUUCAUUGUUCUUAAAUACCUAACUGCCGCACUUAGAAAUAUUUAACGAUUUCUUAAACUAUUCCUUAGUAACGAUUUUGCAUUGAAGACAAUUGCUGAGGACUGGGUUAAGUAACCAUUAAAUUACUCUGAGUACGACGGUAAGUAAAAUGGUCUUAUAAUUACUGUUAAAUGAUUGAAGUUGUAGGUAUGGCUCAUCUAUGUUCCUAUUCGACGAGGUUACUCGAUUUGUUUCAAGCCAAACCCUGGGUCUAUAAUCGAGAGUAACUGGAACGACUAUCGCUGCUCAUCUUGUAACCUUAUCGAAUAUUAAUUAUGUUUGUAAACUGUAAUUAAUUAAGUAUCGUAUAAAAUGUAACUUAAUUCUAAGCGUUUCUUCAAGCCAAUAAUAUAGUUAAGCUUAGUGUUUCAGUACUUUAUGUAGAGAUACCACAUUCAUCAUAAAUUCGAACAUGUUAAAAUGUCUUUCAUAGAAUCAAUAAUUUGCUUUACAUAUAAUUACAAACGUUGUUCAAUCCUUCUUAUGACAAAAUUCCUCAUUUUCUUAUUUUUAAGUCGAAAUUACGUUUGACCAAUUCUUCAAACUUGCAGUAAUUAUUCAGUGUUUAUUUUAUUUAUUUGUGUUGUAAAAUAAUAGUUAUACCGAAGGCAUAAGACAGAUUUUCUAUUGCUUAAAAAUGAUAACAUUCACUACCUUGGUUAAAGUAAUAUAUGAAUGGCUAAAUGUGUUGCUGAGCGCAAGUCUUGAGCCCACCUGAUAUAUAUUGGAUCAGAUUUUUUAUGGUUUGAAGAAAAUUUUAACAAAGUUUUACAGAGUUUUUUUGCCAAGACGAAUCAAAGUUUGCAGGGUCCGCUCAUUUUAAAUAAAUUAAAGAGAUACCUUCUAUCAGAAUAACAUUGUAAACGUUUUAUAAUAUUAUACAAUACAUUGCAUGUUACAUACUUAUUGUUAUUCUUUCUUUUAAUAAAUCAAGUGGUUUAAGUUAA